UGUUCUCAUAUAAACACAAUAAUUAUUAUUUUGAAACAUAAGCAUGAUAUCGAAAAAUCCCCGAUAAGAUGUCAUUCGUUAGUUAUAUUACGUUAUAAAUAGCGUACAAACAUUAAUUUCAUGUUGUGUCACACACAAUAUCGGUUUGAGUGGCUAAUCCCAAGUCUUAACUAUUAAACAAUCAAUUUUAAGAUAAAUCGGUUCAACAUUUAAUUCAGUUUUUCCAAACAAAAAUGGUCGAAGCAACUACAGAAACCACCGAAACUCAAUUUUACACUCUUGAGCAAAUCGCUAAGUACAAUGGUAAACAAGAAGAUAAUACAGUGUGGAUUAUUAUAAGAGACAAUGUGUAUGAUGUCUCGCCGUUUUUAGAAGAGCAUCCUGGUGGAGCAGAUCUUAUUAUGGAAUGGGCCGGAAAAGAUGCAACAAAGGAAUUUGACAACUUCGGACAUUCUUCAGAUGCUAAAAAAGACCUCAAGAGAUUAAAAAUUGGAGAAGUUGUAGAAGAACAACGCAAAAAGAAAACCAAGAAAACUGAACAGACAAAUCAAAUAGCAAAACAAAAGGCGCCAAAAGUUGUGGAUGUAACAGACGGUGUUGGUAGAAGUCUGAGAGCGCCAGUGAUUGAACCCGAAGAGUUAGCAAGAGAACAAAAUAACGAUCAAGAACUUCAAGAUUUGUUAAAAACAAAUAACAGCUUUUUGAAACUUCAGUUAUUUACCCCUUUUAACUCUUCUCAAGGGAUCUACUGUGAUGUUUCCGAAGAUAAAAUUCGACCUUUUGCAGCCAAGAGUCUUCGAAACAAGAUAUUUAGUAUGGGUCAUAGAAUGGCCCACCCUGGCGCACGGAGAACGAUUAAUUUAAUUCGACAAAGAAUCGUUUGA